AUGAAUUUAGUGAAGAAGUGUAAGAGAGUAUGGGGAAGCAGCAAGAGAUUGUGUGAUGCACAAGACAGUACUAGCAGUGGCAGCUAUGGAAAAUUAUCAGAAAAGUGUCACAAAAAGCAAAAAGAUAAUACUAAGAAAGCACCAAAUGGUUGUCUUUGUGUCUAUGUUGGACCUGAGAGACAGAGAUUCGUAAUCAAGAUCAAAAUAUUCAAUCACCCUUUGUUCAAAACUCUUUUGGAAGGUGUUGAGAAUGAAUAUGGAUAUAGAAACGAUGGUCCUCUAUGGCUUCCUUGUCAUGUUGACAUGUUCUGUGAAGCACUUGUGGAGAUAGAGAGUGAUGAGGUUGAUAUGGGUUUUGUAGGUUGCAAUUUUCCAAUGAGUCACAAACACAGCUCAGCUUCACAAUAUUCUCCGUUGUCUUGUCGUUCUAACUUGAGUUCAUAUGAUGCAAAUUAUGAGGUUUUGGUAUGA